GUGUGUGUAUUUUAGCUUAGCUUAGCUGACAUUUAGCUAACACGAUUAUCCUUUCUGCUGAAUAAACAAUCAAAUAUAGCCUGCUAGUUUUAUCUAUGGUUCGUUUAUAAGAAACCCCCUCGACUAUAUACAAGUAUGAACGUAUCGAUGCGCUUUUAGUAGUUAGCUAAUAUUAGACCCGUGGUGUUAGACGCUAAGCUAGCUAAAACUGGCUAGGUUAGAUAGCUUGCUAACUAAGCUAACUGACGGCUAACGAGUGUCUGCGGAUCUCCGCGUCCCAACACUAACCGCAGCGUUCUUUUAGCUAAUUUUCUCAUAAAAACGAAAACUAACAAACCAACACAGAUUCGGGUGGUGUAGGACCGCCUCAGGAAACGAAGACCAGGAGUUAGACCCUGUAGCUCGAUACACUAUAUUGCCAAAAGUGUGUGGAAGUGUGUGCGUGCAUGCAUCACAUGGGGAGUAGUAUUUGAGCCAAAGAAGGGUGGGAUCAGUACCAUGGCAGGAGAAAGUCCCAGAAUUCAGUUGGUGUCAGCAGAUGGAGGCCUACAGAUUGUGACAGAUCAGCAGUUGGGCCAGAAGGUACAGAUAGUAACGGCGUAUGACCAGACGGGCACCGGCAAGCAGCAGUUCAUAUUAGCCAACGUAGAUUAUCCCAGUCAGGAUAAACUGCUCCUGAAGCACGAGCCUUCACCUGGAAAAGUCAUCCUUACUUCUGCUGAUGGCUCAGCUGUCAAUCAACUGCUUUUUGCAUCACCUGAACUAGCUGGUCAGCAGAUACAGUUUGUCACAGAGGGUCCAGACCAAAGUCCUCUUAAACCAGUAGUAGAGUAUUGUGUUGUGUGUGGAGACAAGGCCUCUGGUCGUCACUAUGGGGCAGUUAGCUGUGAAGGCUGUAAAGGCUUCUUUAAACGGAGCAUCCGUAAGAAUCUUGUGUACACGUGCCGUGGAUCGGGCGAGUGUGUGAUCAAUAAGCAUCAUCGUAACCGCUGCCAGUACUGCAGACUGCAGCGCUGCAUGGCGCUCGGCAUGAAACAGGACUCUGUGCAGUGUGAAAGGAAGCCAGUAGAAGUGUCCAGAGAGAAGCCAGCGAACUGCGCCCCCUCUAUUGAGAAAAUCUACAUCCGCAAGAACCUCUGCAGCCCUCUGGCAGCCAUGCCUACCUUCGUCAGUGACAAAGAGACAGCCAGGUCUGCCAACCUGCUAGACACUAACAUGCUCCUGAACAUUCAGCAGUCUCUCUCCAAACUAGACAACACAAUCUUCAUCCCCUCCUCACCUGACCAGAAUGAUCCCUGUCAGGGUGAUCUGAGCACUCUGGCCAAUGUGGUCACAUCUCUUGCCCAAAUAAGCAAAAACCGUGAGGUGACGGACAGCAGCACUGACCUAUCAGGAAUGGAAACCAUGAGCAAUGAAGACAGUUCCAUGACUGAUGUCCAACCAGAUGAGCAGAAUUCAGGCGAGGUCACUCAGGAUUACGACUCGCUGACAAAGGUGCUCCAUCCAGAUGAGGUCAGUGGAGAGGCUGUGGAGGGCAGUGUUGUAGAGGAGCAGAGUGCAGCCCUGCUGGACCUAGACGGGCCACUGCUGUCUGAAAUGCAUGUACCUUUUAAGCUGAUGAUGCCCUUGCCCAUCCCGGAAUUUCUGAAUCUAAACUACAUCUGUGAGUCAGCAUCUCGCCUGCUGUUUCUCUCCAUGCACUGGGCACGCUCUAUACCUGCCUUUCAGGCUCUCGGGCCAGAGAACGGGAUCACACUAAUAAAGGCUUGCUGGAACGAGCUGUUUGCUCUGGGCCUGGCUCAGUGUGCCCAAGUCAUGAACGUGGAGACCAUUCUCACAGCCAUCGUCGGCCACCUACAGAGCAGUCUGGAGGAAGAAAAACUCUCUGCGGAGCGAGUGAAGCAGGUGAUGGAGCACAUCUGGAGAAUGCAGGAGUUUUGCAACAGCAUGAGUCGCGUGAACCCUGAUGCCUAUGAGUACGCCUACCUCAAAGCUGCUGUCCUCUUUAGCCCAGAUUAUGCUGGGAUGGACAGUAGUCUUCAGAUUGACCGAUUUCAGGAGAAAGCCUACAUGGAACUGCAGGACUAUGUCAGCAGGGUGUAUCCGGAGGACACAUAUCGUCUGUCUAAGCUGCUGCUACGCUUGCCUGCACUGCGUCUAAUGAGCGCAGCUAUAACCGAGGAGCUGUUCUUCGCUGGGUUAAUUGGGAACGUCCAAAUAGACAGCAUUAUUCCCUAUAUCCUAAAAAUGGACUCCACUGACUACAACAGCCAGUCUGUCAGCAUCACAGAGUGACUCCAGCCCUGGACACUCUUCAUUAACAGCAACAGCAGUGCCCAAGCUAUAGGACAGGACAUUGCUGCCCUACAUGUGACCUUUUGACCCUCAAAGGACCCUCAAAAAAAAAAAAAAAAGAAGCAGCAGCUGGUGUGCACUUGGUCGUUUUAACGAGCGUGCUGUAAACGGGGCAGUGGGACUUUGUAAUUAGAACUGUUUUUUAUUUUCCAUUGCUAUAGGUAUUUACUGCUCUUCAUAUUGGACGAUGGAUAUUGUGAACUUCAGUUUGCUCAUGAUUUGGACUCUUGUUUUUAUUAGCAUUCCUCUGCUUAUGAGUUGAAGACAAGAACCUGUAAAGGUGUGAGUGUAAAAGGAUGACUAUGGUGGCUUAAAGAGCAUUGGAAUGAAUGCUGACUCCUUAAUGUAUGUACAGGAAUUAUGUAUAUAAAUAUAAUAAAUGUCAACUCUCAUGGAGAGAAGCGUAAA